AAGAGGACCAAGUGCAUAUUACGGUAGAAGAUCAUGUUGCUGUGUCGCGACAAUAUGAUCUGGAUGGACUGUUCAACUCAGGCCAGUACUCUAGCCUUUCGGAUGUUACCAGCCAUCGGCGAUAUUAGGACAUUCCAUGCUAGACUCCCUACCUCAUCGGACUUCAUCGGACUUCCUCUAUCGCUCCAUGUCCUGAGAACUAGAUCUUCUUAUCGAUGAUCCUGAUUCAGUCGCUUGUUCUCUGUCUGUUGCUAAGGAGUCCCGUACUCUAUGGGCGGCGACUUGCAAUCUUGACUUUGCAUAUAUUUCAGAUGGCCGACAGUGGAUAAGAUCUAGACUGUCAGCUGAACUCGAUACUCUGUUAAACUUGAUUCGAAGCCCUUACUUGAGUUUCAACAAAGCUUUCAACCAUCAGCCAUGUCGAAGAAUACGGCUGAAGUGGAAAAUAAACCCAUGUCGUCCAAUUCGGAGCCCGCGGACGACAUGAGCGAAGGAGUUGUCGCUGUUAGCAAUGGAGACAUCAUUGACGACGGUGUACGCCGUGCUCUCAAAUCUCGUCACCUGCAGAUGAUUGCCCUUGGGGGUGUUAUAGGUCCAGGCACAUUUUAUGCCACUGGUUUUGCUCUACGAUACUCUGGCCCGGUCGGCGCCCUCAUUGGAUACAUCAUCAUCGGUCUCGACGUAUUUUUCGUUACGCAAUCUUUGGGAGAGAUGGCCACCCUUUUCCCAUCAACUGGAUCCUUCAACGAAUUUGCGGGGCGCUUCGUCGACCCUGCUUUGUCCUUCGCGUUAGGAUGGAACUAUUGGUACAUGUGGGGAACCAUUCUUGCAAACGAAUACAACGGAGCGGCUUUGAUCAUGAGCUUCUGGACCGACAAACUUCCAAACUACGCUUGGAUACUGUUGUGCUGGGUGUUCUUUAUGGGGACUUCACUCCUUGGAGUGCUUGCGUACGGUGAAAUGGAGUUUUGGCUGGCGUCCUUCAAGUUCAUAGUGACAAUAAUUCUGUACCUGGUCGCGAUACUACUCGACACCGGUGCAAUCGGCGGCGACUACAUAGGUUUCAGAUACUGGAAAGAUCCAGGACCAUUUGCAAACGGCAUCAACGGGUUCGGCAAAGUUCUUAUCCUCGCGGCGGUUAUGUACAGUGGAACUGAGGCAAUUGCCAUUACCGGUGGCGAAUCUCGAAAUCCAAAAAAAGACAUUCCCAAGGCGCUCAAACAGACCUUCUGGCGUAUUCUCAUUGUUUACGUUGGAAUGAUGUUCUUUACCGGUCUCAUCGUUCCUUCGAACUCGGAAGCGCUACUCAGUGCCACGUCAAAGAGCGCAUCUUCUCCGUUUACAGUUGCCCUCAACAACGCCGGUUGGCGAGGAGCGGGCAACCUCAUCAAUGCGAUUAUUGUACUUACGCUCCUAUCGUCAAUCAACUCCGCAAUCUACAUUGGAAGCCGAUGUAUCUUCGCGCAGGCAAAAGCAGGACGCGCGCCAGCUAUCCUGGCCUGGACCAGUAAAAGUGGAGUACCUGUUCCUGCAGUUGUGUUCAGCAAUUUGAUCGGACUUUUGUCACUUCUGAACAUCUCUGAAAACGCUGGUAAUGUUUUCAGCUAUCUGUUAUCCAUUUCUGGAGCUGCAGCCUUCAUCGCGUGGGCUUUCAUAGGCUUAACACACUUGCGAAUGCGCAGUGCGAUGAAAGCCCAGGCAAUCCCUCUUUCAGUUCUCCCUUACAAGUCCUUGGGGUACCCAUACAUUCCUUGGAUCUUGCUGGUGGCGAACAUCUUCUUGGUAAUUAUUUCAGGUUACACAACGUUGCUGCAUCCCUUCGACCUCAAGGGAUUCAUUUUCUCUUACUUGGUUAUCCCCUUAUUUUUGAUCCUCUACUUUGGAUGGAAGCUGUAUCACAGAACAACUAUCGUCAACCCAGUUGACGCAGACCUCAAGUCGGGACGACGAGAGUGGUUGAGUAAUGGCGAGGAUGAGGAACGUCCGAAUAAAGGUUUUUUCCGCAAGGCCAGAGAGUUAGUUGUUGGAUAGAGCAUCCUUUGAAUGAGAAAAACCUGAUGGUGGGACGGAAAAGUCUACAUAUUCUGUGUAUCUCAAUUCUGAAAUAGUAAUGUGCGCUUUUGUUUCC